AUGGCUGAUCAGGUUUCAGACAACACUGGCUCUAAUAUCAACAUUGUUCAGAAUCCAAAUGUCAAAGAAUCUGAACCAAUGUAUCCAUGCAAUUACUGCGACAAAGUAUUCGACUGUUGGCAAGCUCUAGGUGGGCAUCAAAACGCCCACAAAAAAGAGCGUUUAUUGGCGAAAAAAGAAAAACCUCAAGAACCUCGUUAUGAUCCUUUUGAUCCAUAUUCUUUACCCGCACCAACACCAGUCCCUCAACAAUUCAUGAACUCAUCUCAUUAUUAUCAUCCUUUAAUCCCUCGCUCACCAUAUUAUCCUAAUCCAUAUGAUCUCCACCCUCAAUGGCGUGGCAGCUAUCAAUACUCACCCCGUUAUCAUCCAUACCAUUACCCGCAACAUUACCAUCAUUUUCGAGCUAAUGUGGGAUAUAGUCCACCUAGGGUUAACCCUAACCCUAGGGUUUCAGGAAACUCUCUGUAUCGAUUAAUGCCUGUGAGCCAAAGAAAUGAGCAGGCUUAUAAUGUUGCUCAUAAUGUUGCUAGAGGCCGUAUAGAAACAAAUGAAAGGUUUAUGAAGUGGGUUAGCAGUCGUAAUAAUGUCGAUGAGCAUGGAUCAUCUUCGAGGGAGAAUCAAGAGAAUGGCGAAAAGAAGGACAAUGGAGAAGAGCAGCUCGAUCUUACCCUUCACCUGUGA